AUGAUUGCCGUUUCCAAGGGUUGGGCGUACAUUGUGGAGGUCCUGAUCAAACGCGGAGCCAACCCGUCAAUAGCGGCUGAAGGUGGCUUCACUGCUCUCCACAUUGGCGCUCAAGAGAGAAACGCCACCGUCGUCAAAAUGUUGACCAACGCCGGUGCCGACCUCGAAGUCGUCGCGGGAUCCGACGGCUUGACACCGCUUCACGCGGCCGUAAGAGGAGGAGGCUCGGAGGCGGUGAGAGCGUUGAUCGAGGCAGGCGCGAAUCCCAACAGUCAAACGCCAAGCGGGGUGACUGUUGGUAUGGGUUUUCUUUCAUUACGAGCCGUGACACCACUGCACGUCGCGGCUGCAAAAGGACGCACGGGUGCGUUGAGGGAACUAAUUGCUUCGUGCGAAGGCAAACCCAGCCGCGAAUGCAAUUUCAACCUUGAGGUAAUCGCUAUACGGGACAACUGUCGUUCCACUGGACAUAGCUGCCUGCGCCGGGUACUCGGACGUGGUGCGCGAGCUAGUUCAGGAGGUUGGGAUUGA